CUAAAGGUGUCCCUCACCCUACUAUAUUAUAUGAAAACAAUAAACUUAUCGAACAAAAUGCUAUACGGUAAAUUGUAUUUCAAGGAGACGGAGCUACGACAUUGCUUGGUGGACUUUUUCAUCGCUGGUACAGAGACAAGCACUAACGCAAUACUCUGGUCGCUAUUGGCGUUAAUACAUUAUCCCAAUAUACAAGAGGAAAUUCACCAAGAACUAAUCGAUAAUAUUGGUGAACAAGUCGUUCCCAGCAUCGACCACAGAGACAAGCUUCCACUAUUCCGUGCGUUUGUUCAGGAAAUAUUUCGAUUCAAAACACUCCUGCCCCUGUCAAUUCAACAUAGAGCCAGUCAUGACGUAGAGAUUGGAGGUUACGUCAUUCCAAAAGGAACAAAGGUUGUUGGUUUCGAUCUAAAACAGUAUGAAGUGAAUGAAUGUAAUUUACUUUAUCCUCGCGUGCCCGGAAAAUAACAGUCGUUAUAACACGG